CCCCUCGCUCUCGCUUCGUUUUUGCUUUUUCGGAGGCGAUUGUUGCUCUCCCGACUUUGGGUCUCUCGUAUCCUGCAUCAGCACCACCACCACCCCCCGGACAGCCCGCCAUGGUCUACACCCGCUUUGCCUCCGCCAUCCGCCAGACCGUCGCCAAGAGAAGCAUGGCUUCCUCGACCGGCGCCGUCGAUGAGUACUACGCCAGCACCAUGCUCCCUUCGGCCUAUGCUGCUCGCCAGCACGCCAAGGGCAGCGUUUCCUUCUGGCGCAAGUUCAACUACUUCUUCACCGUCCCCGCUCUGCUCGCCGUCGCCGUCUACUCCAUGCCCCCUGAGCUGGAGCACAUCAAGCACCUCAAGGAGCACCCCAACGAGUUCCACGCCUUCCCUUACCUGCGCAAGAGAAAAGUUCCCUUCCCCUAUGGCGAUGGUGACCACACUCCCUUCCACAGCUCCCACGCCAACGCCGAUCCCUCUGCCUAAAUAUGCCCCUGGCGGAGCGUUGUCGAUAGCGGUUUCAAGUACUCUGUCGAAGUGGAUUCUUGUCGCUACUCUUUCUCUGGCUCAUCUCAGGUUCUCUUGUUGAAUGACUCUCAUUUCCUUUGACCAUGGGGCUUGGGCUUUUUUCCUCUACCUCUUCGUUAUUUCUUUCCGCUCAGGGUGGAUUGGCGGAUGCUCGGCCUGUCCCUCCCAAGCAGGCACCAUACCGGGCCAGGGAACGCGACCGCUUCACGCCGGCAUUGGAAACAGCGACUCGACAACGCCGUGGCAUGGACAAUUUUUUUGCGUGUGUCAGGCUCGAACCUGAAGCAAUACAUAUAUCGUAAAACGCUGAACCUCUUCUUUUGCAACGGCAACUCAAUCUCGAUCCGGCCACCUCGAUCUGCACACGGCCAUCGCGAUCGGCAUCCGACCCCAAUACAUGUGGAACGCCAAGAG